UUUCCAACGUAGACCCACUGAACAUCCUGCAAACAUCAGAUUCGGAAACAAACUCUACUCUACCCUAGCGCGUAUUGUUUUCCGCAGUUCGGCAAUUACACUUUGUCUGUUUCUGCAGCAGGCUAUUAUUCAUUUAACGCUUGUCCCGGUGCUUGACCGUUACAGCGAUGUUAACUGUAUUUUACAGUAGCCAGGUCAACUUUUGAGCUGCGUAUCUAAGCGCCCCAACGGUUCUUUUGGACUUUCUAUUAUGUUUGAACUCUUGGAUACAUCCGGGAUGGAAUUCCCGUAGGCUCUGCGUGGCGGGCCGACAGGAGGUUUAAUGUCAGCAAGAUGGAUUUCAAGAAGACUACGUAUGGAAGGUUCAUGAAUGGCCGGGUCCCCUCCAGUAAAAGAUACCAGCCGACAGAGUAUGAACAUGCUGCUAACUGUGCCACACAUGGGUUUUGGAUCCUCCCUAGCCUGAUGGGUGGGUCAGUCCUCUACUUCCUGUCUGUGGACCAAUGGCAUUGCGCCGCUGCUUGGCUGUACGGGGCGGGGCUUACUGGCCUGUUUGUCACCUCAACACUGUUUCACACUGUCGCCUGGAAGAUCAGCCAUCUCCGGAGGGUGGAGCAGCACUUUCACAUGUGUGACAGAAUGGCUAUCUACUUCUUCAUUGCUGCCUCCUAUUCUCCAUGGUUAAUGUUGAGGGAGCUAGGACCCUGGGCGGUCCACAUGCGCUGGCUGGUCUGGCUCAUGGCGUGCGUCGGCUCCACAUACGUGUUCUUCUUCCAUGAGAGGUAUAAACUGAUAGAGUUGCUAGGAUACAUUGCCAUGGGGGCAGUCCCUGCACUGGUCAUUCUGUCAAUGGUGGAUCGCACAGGUGUGUGUGAGCUGGCUGUGGGGGGAGUGUUCUAUGUGGUGGGCGUGGUCUUCUUUAAGAGUGAUGGCCUAAUCCCAUUCGCCCAUGCUAUUUGGCACUUGUUCGUUGCUAUGGGAGCAGCUGCCCACUACUACGCUAUCUGGAGGUACCUAUACUUACCUGGCCCUGCCGUGCAGACGUCCAGGUGACCGGCCCAGACGUCCAGGUGACUGUCCCAGACGUCCGGGUGACUGACCCAGACGUCCGGGUGACUGACCCAGACGUCCAGAUGACUGACCCAGACGUCCAGGUGACUGACCCAGACGUCCAGGUGACUGGCCCAGACGUCCAGGUGACUGACCCAGACGUCCAGAUGACUGGCCCAGACGUCCAGGUGACUGGCCCAGACGUCCAGGUGACUGACCCAGACAUCCAGGUGACUGGCCCAGACGUCCAGGUGACUGACCCAGACGUCCAGGUGACUGGCCCAGACGUCCAAGUGACUGACCCAGACGUCCAGGUGACUGCCCUCCCAGACCACAGCCACACUCAACCCAGACCACAGACAAUACAUGAAAUAGAGUUAAAUAUACUAAAUAGACCACAUUAUGAAUACUAUA